CCUGGCUGUUUUGCUUCUGUCCUGGUUUUAUGCAGACUGAUGACUGAUCGGGUGCUUGUGAUCGGCAGCGGAGGGAGAGAACAUGCCCUGGCCUGGAAACUGGCCCAGUCCCCUCAUGUAAACCACGUGUAUGUUGCACCAGGAAAUGCAGGAACAGCUGACAAUGGGAAGAUUUCAAAUUCAGCUGUUUCAAUCAGCAAUCAUGCUGCCCUUGCCCAGUUCUGCAAAGACCAGGAGAUCAGGCUGGUCGUGGUUGGUCCAGAGGUUCCGCUUGCUGCUGGAAUUGUUGAUGACUUGACAGCAGCUGGAGUGAGAUGCUUUGGUCCAACAGCAAAGGCAGCUCAGCUGGAGUCCAGUAAGAGCUUCACCAAAGCUUUUUUGGAUCGUCACGGGAUCCCAACUGCAAGAUGGAAAUCUUUUACUGAUCCUAAAGCAGCAUGUACCUUUAUCAAUAGUGCAAACUUCCCUGCGCUGGUUGUAAAAGCUAGUGGCCUGGCAGCUGGCAAAGGAGUAAUUGUGGCUUCGAACAAGGAGGAGGCCUGCAAAGCUGUUGCUGAAAUCAUGCAGGAUAAGACUUUUGGUAUGGCUGGGGAAACUGUUGUUGUUGAAGAACUUCUUGAAGGAGAAGAAGUUUCUUGCUUAUGUUUCACUGAUGGCAUCACGGUUGCUCCCAUGCCCCCGGCCCAGGACCACAAGCGACUAAUGGAUGGGGACGAAGGCCCCAACACUGGAGGAAUGGGAGCCUAUUCCCCAGCACCUCAG